AUGCCACUGCGAUCCCCAGGGUGUUACACUUGCCGCAAACGCAAGAUUCGAUGCGACGAGACUAGACCUGCUUGCCAGCGAUGCGCCAUCCACGGCGUACCUUGUCCGGGAUAUCGAAGCCAGCCAGGAGGCGUCGAAUUUCGGGACCAAACCAAAGAGGUUGUGAGGAGGGUGAAGGGUCCUCACCAGGUCAAACAAGCUCAGGAGACAAUCAUUAUUCCCACUACCGAAGACAAUGACUUUGACUACUCGUUCAGCUCUGAGCAUGCCAGCUCGAUCGCCGCUACCAUGACAUGGCCUGGCGACAAGCUCCUCUCCAUGCUCACAACGCCGGCGUUGCUAAAUAACCCGCUCAGUGCUGCGGUAGAGCGGAAUCAGCUGCAUGGCACUUUCAUGGAUAUCUACCUACCCAAGAACAGUACUCAUUUGGACCACUUUAACUUCUUCCAAACAAUAGCCGGCAUGCCUGCUCAGCAACCUGCACUGCUUGAAGGCUUAGAUACUCUUGCUCUGGUCACGAUUGGAAGUCUUCACAAAGAUCGUGUCCUUCUGGACGAGGCUGUGAAGAUGUACGGCAGAGCGCUCUCUAGUCUCGCGAGAGCUAUUGCGCGCCCGGAGAACAUAGGAAACGACGAGCUGCUCGCCGCAGUAACCAUCGUAGGCAUGUGUGCGCUUUAUCAGGAGAUAGGGCAGCAUGACAGCGCAUGGGGCAAGCAUGUCCGUGGCUGCCAACAACUCAUCUCAGCCAGAGGCGCGUCGUCAAUGCAAAGUCCGCUGGCGUGGCUGCUGUUCACGAACACAAGGCACGGCGCACUAUGUUGGGCACUGAUCGAGCGAAAAGCACCUACCUUAGCCGACUCGAAUUGGCGGGCUUUGGCACUCAACGCACCUAUGCUAGAUAGCUCGACAUUGUUCUAUGACAGCGCCAUUCAGCUUCCAGGACUGCUUGAGCGUUACGAUAGGCUCGGCGGUGAUGAUGCGCUGAGCUUGCCAAACGUUGUCGACCUGUUGGUUGAUUGCGAAUUGCUGGAAGCAUCCUUGCGGGACUGGUUCCUUGACUGGGAUGUGCGAGCUCUGCUAGACGGGCGCAAUCUCUAUGCGGAGCGUCCAAUGGACGACUUCAGAACGUUCGCCAGCCUUGUAGACGACCGUGCCAUCGACACCGCGUUCAGAUUCGCGAGCUUCCCAAUUGCGUACCUUUGCUCCUUAUACUGGAUGUGCAUGCAUUUCCUUCGCAACUUGAUGCUGAGUCUGCACAGACUGCGACAUGAGCUCGAAGAGGACUGGUACCCAGCAGAAGGCCGCGCCGUAGAAGCAUCGGAGCUCCUGGACUACGCGCUCAACCUAUGCCGCUGCAUCCCAUAUUUCUGUGAGCCCGAGAGCUCAAAUACUGGUCAUGUAAGCAUCUUUCUACCCAUGCGUACCGCAGCCGUGUACUUCACGACCAACGGUCAUUGGCGGUUGGCAAAGUGGAUUGGUUCGGUGCGCGUGAAGGUGUUCACUAGAGGGCUCAGUCCGCCA